UCAUCUUUUCAUGAGUAGUUGAGAUUGUUGUAUUUGUUUGUUAAAACUCCAAUUUUUGUUCUUUAUUUUUAUUUCACUCCUGUCGGAUCUCGGAUAGUGGCUACAUAUAUUUGAAAAGCCUAUUCUGAAGAGUCCACUGUGUUUGUCUUCUUCUUCUUCUUUUUUUUUUUUUUUUUUUUUUUUUUUGAGAAGGUAACAUAUAGCUGUGUUUGUCACUUUUUUGUUUGGUUCUUUCUUAAUGAGGAGUAUCCAAUUUAAAUCUGAAGAGAGAUUUAGGAUUCCCUUUUCACUUUUAAAUAAUUAGAUGAAUAAAUAAAUAACAUUUACUUAGGUUGGAUUCGGAUUGCAAGGAGUAAUAUUAGUGGCGGAGCCAGGAUUUUCACUAAGGGAUUCAAAAUAUAAAAGAGUUAACAUACGAAGAAGCCAAAUGGGGUUCGAUAUCUAUUAUAUAUACAUAAAAAAUAAUUUUAAUCAUAUAUAAAUAAUAUUUUUUUCCGCCGAAGGGGGUUCCCCUUGGCCCUAUGUAGCUCCGGCCCUGAGUAAUAUAUAGGAGGGUUUUGUGAUGUUGACCUAAAAAGUGUUUUUCCUGGACAGUUGAAGAAUAUCAAGGUGUAAGUAGUCCGAUAAGUGUGUCUCUUUUAUGAAUAGAUUUUGAUAAACGAGAUCCCAAAUAAAAACGAUAUUUUAGGUGGUUUGUCAACCAAAUUGUUUGUGAUAUUUGUUACGUUCAACGUAUCCCUAUAGAUAACUAAACCGUGGAGUUUAAAUGUUAAUUUAGGAGGUACCUGGUGACUAUUGGCUCGGACACCGUCAUUCUUAGAAAUGUUAUUUUAGGAAAGAUAUGUUGAGUUGCAAAUGCCAAAAGUCACGCGUGAGCAGCAUAAACGUGAAUGCAGUUUAGGUUGCCGAAUAUUUCAGCAAACAUCACAUUUGGAGCUCGAAUGUGAUUCUAAGCCUUGUAAAUUUUGUCUGUUAAGGAUCAUGUUCCCGCUGAUCCAGAUGCUCAGUGUCACAAAGGAAGCCAUUAGUUACUAAUGCUGCGGGUCCUCUCAAUGUGAAUGCCCCUUAUUGGUUUGAUUGUGAGAUUCAGUUCUUCACUGCCAUAUUUUCUUUUUCAUAAUUGCUUUGGUUGCUGCACUUGAGCCAAGGGUCUUCCGGAAGCAGCCUCUCUACCUCACAAUGCAGGGGGUUUGAAGAGUUGAAGACAGUUCUUCUCCAUAAUUAACUUCACCCAAUAACCAGGUUAUCGAGUGUUGCUCCAGUUGCUGGUUGAAUCUGAGGGAGACAAUAAAGUUGUCUUAUUUGCGGCCUGCCAAAAUUGUAGGCAAAUGGAAUGUAAUAAAGAUGAAGCUGCUAGGGCCAAAGAAAUUGCUGAGAGGAAAUUAACUGAGAGGGACAUUGCUGGAGCUCAAAGAUUUGCUUUGAAGGCUCAAAAUCUGUUUCCAGGCCUUGAUGAUCUUUCUCAGUUCCUGGAGGUGGUCAAUGUUUAUGUUGCUUAUGAGAAGAAGAUUCAUGGUGAAGUGGAUUUUUACGGUUUCCUUUCUGUGGAUUCCUCAGCUGAUGAUGAAACAAUAAGUAAACGUUACAGAAAGCUUGCUCUAGCUCUUCACCCUGAUAAAAAUCAAUCUGUUGGGGCAGAUGGGGCGUUUAAGAUUAUAUGUGAAGCAUGGAGUUUGUUGUCAGAUAGAAUCAAAAAAAUGAUGUAUGGCCAUCGGCGAGCUAUGGCCAUAAGGAGUAUGCCCAUGCAAGGCAACCAGCAGGAAUUUCGUAAAUUUUCCAUGAACCCAGCUAGUGCGAGAAACUCAACUGAUGCUAAUUUUCAGCCCACCCGGUGCCUCCCCAGCCAUCAAAACCUGAGACAUUGUGGCAAUCUUGCAAACUAUGUCAGAUAAAGUAUGACUGCUUAAAGCUUUUCCGAAACAGAAGUCUUUCGUGCCCCAACUGUCACCGACCUAUUUAGGCAAGGGAGGUUUCUACUCCCGUGAACAAUCAAGCUUCAGCUUUUCCGUUGUCUUCCUGCCAGCAGCAGGGUACAAACUAUCCUGCUGCUAAUGGAUCUUCUGCUUCAGGUGUGAAGCUCCCUACAGCUUCAAACUCCGUACAAACUGGAAAUUCUGGUUUGGCUCAAUAGUUGGAGCAAAUAUUCAGCAGGAUCAAGUUCUUAAGACGAGAGGUGCAAAUGCUGCGCAGCCCUAUGCCUCUACAGCUAGGCAAGCAGCACACUCUUGCCAGCCAGCUGGUGGGAAUUUGAAGAGAGCUCAUGCAGAAGCUGCUAUGAGUGCACUGAAUCAGGAGGCUUUUCUGGAGAAAAAGAGACGCAUAGCUGAGUUGAAGUUAAAGUCUCAAAGAAAAGGUAGUUGUCCGAUUCAGAAAUUCGCAAUAUGCUGGCGAAAAAUGCUAAGAUGGAGAUUAGCAAGAAGCUUAAAGCAGCUGCUGCUUCUCGGACUUCAGACAAGGAGAAAAAGGACGUGGAAAAGAAGAAGCAAACUGCUCCUGAAGUUGUCAAAAAUGUUCUGAGAAGGGAUAAAACUGUUCAUGAUGCCAUGGUGGAAUAAACUAAAUGUAACGUGUGAAUGAACUUACCUCUUCUUUAAUUAAGAACCCUUACACAAAAAGUAGAACAUGUAUAUUUUCUGUUGUAAUUGUAAACUAAAUAUAUGACAAAUGUUUGUUACUCUCCCUCUGUUGCAUUUUAACUGUCAUUCUCU